UGAUAGGUCUGUAACCAAUCUAUGGUAAAGCUCUGUAAGCAUACGAAAAAGAAUAAUAAAUGUAGCUAAUCAGUGAAGCGUCUCGUGUUUGAUCUAGCGUGCUUUCCCUAUCACAAAUUGGCGACAGGAUUGGAUUUUUUUAACGUUUUUCGGUGAUUAAUUGUGCGUUAGUACCCAAGGAAUAACUACGGAGUGUGUGUGAGAGGUGGCCUGCGUCUAGAAAGCAGAGAGGAAAGCUCGAUGAGAAAACCGCACCUCCGACCUCACCAGUGAGUUGCGCGUUGGUCUGUGUCUAGUAAACAGAAGAGUCCAAGUGAUAAAGCUCUGUGUCUUGUAAACAGAAAGGUCCGCGUCACGAUAGCGGUAGAAAAAACAAGUGGAUACGGACACGGCGUCCGUCUAGAAUUGGCUCUGUGUCAAGAGAACAGAAAGAACGUAUAGUAGAAGCGGAAUUUUUCGAGUUAUAUACGCUGCGGCUGGUAAGCAAAAAAAAAAAAAGAGAUUUGUUUUGUUGGGUGAACUAAUUGAAGGAGGGUAAUUUCAGAUCGGUGAGACAGUGCUCGUGAGUCGACAGAAUACUCACCCACGAGAGAAAUACUGCUGUUUGCGAUGGACGAAAACCGGUUGCUUUCUAAGCUACCUCCGUUUUCAGUCGUGGGAGUCCCCUUGACGGACCGCAGGAAUAAAUGGAUUACGUGGAAGCGAGGGUUUGAAAUCUGUCUGCGUGCUGCCAAAAUAGAAGAUGGAACCGAAAAGAAAGAUAUGCUUCUGGCGUGCGGGUCGUUUGAGCUCCAAGAGAUAUUUUUCAGCAUACCGGGAGCAGACGUGGCUGCGGAUGCUGAGAACGAGAUUGAUCCCUACAUGGUGGCAAUGAAAAAGUUGGACGACUAUUUCGCCCCCCAACGUCACGAAGCCCACGAACGUUUCCUGUUUUGGUCGAUGAAACCGGAGCCGGAAGAAACAUUGGAAAAGUUCCUUAUGCGGGUACAGGCUCAUGGAACAAAAUGCAACUUUGGAAGAUCGGCGUCGGAGAGCUCUGGUAUUGCGAUUGUUGACAAGAUGCUUCAAUUCGUACCAAAUCAAUUGCGUGCGAAAUUGCUUCAGGAGAAAGAUCUCACCCUGGAGGAGCUUGUUAAGCAAGUAAAUGCGUAUGAAACGUCACGAGUAGCCAGUGAUCAGAUGAGCGGAAGAGGUGUUCAGAUGCAACCGAGUAGGCCAAUGAUGGACAACGUGCAGUUUGUAGCGGCAUCCUGCAAAUUCUGUGCCCGAUCGCACGGGCAUCAGCCUUGCCCAGCUCGUGAUAAGACAUGUGCGAAAUGCGGCAAGCGGGGUCACUUUGCCGUGGCUUGCUAUUCUCCCCCAGUGUACGCAUCAUCAAGCAGACAAAUGCACAGCAAUAAACCAAGCAGAAACCCUUCUCUAAAACGACCAUAUGAAGCAACAGUUCCCGCUGGUUCUGGUCCAGUGGCGAAGAAGAAAGCCAUGCAAUUCGCUCGGAAGAUACACGCCAUCGAGGGCGAGAACGAAGAGGAGAGUUUCGAACUGGUUGAGAUGGUGACUUCCGGUAACGAUUCAGAUGAACUGAUUUGGGCAAAAGUCGGCGGUGUGCUGAUAGAAAUGCAGAUUGACUCGGGCGUCCAGUCUAACAUCAUUGACGACCGUACGUGGGAAUCGAUGAUGAAGAACGGAGUCGGCAUUAUUGGAGAUGUUCGGGAGUCGGAUCGAAGGUAUGAAUUUAAAUUUUAUUUUGAUUGGUUAGCAGAUUUUCAGCCAGAAAUUGCUGAUUAAUCUCCAGUUUUGUAGGUAUUGGAACUUGUAAAUAAGUAGGUUAAUUUUCUAUUUAGGUUCAAAGCUUAUGCUCAAGCAGAUUGCCUGAAAGUAAUCGCUAUGUUUGAUGCAGAAAUAAUCAUCCCGGACGGGGACAAACAACUAAAAGCCAUCUCACGGUUUUAUGUCGUGGAAAACGGACCACAGCCACUUCUAGGUAAGACAACAGCGAAGCAAUUAGGUGUUUUGCUUGUCGGAUUACCCAGCCAGCGAGAAUCGGUUCAUCACGUAGAAGCUUGCCGGGCAUUCCCUUGCAUCCGUGGAGUGAAAAUUCGUAUCCCCAUAGAUAAGUCGGUAGAACCCGUUGCCCAGCGUCUCCGACGGUUGCCUUUACCGAUGUUGGACAAGGUAGACGAGAAGUUAAAUGAAUUGCUUUCCAAGGACAUCAUCGAAAAGGUGUCUGAACCAAGCCGCUGGGUGUCACCGAUGGUCAUAGUGGUCAAAGACAGUGGAGAUAUCCGGCUCUGUAUUGACAUGCGUCAGUUGAACAGAGCAAUACUUCGUGAGACACACCCGUUGCCAACGAUCGAGGACAUACGAUGGAGGUUGAAUGGGGCAAAGUAUUUUUCCCGACUCGAUAUUAAGGAUGCCUUUCAUCAACUCCAGCUCGACGAUGAGAGUAAGCAUCUGACGACUUUCAUAACCCACCGCGGACUUUUUCGAUACAAGCGUCUAGUCUUCGGCAUUUCGUGUGCACCGGAGAUGUUUCAGAAGAUUCUCGAACAGAUUCUGGCAGAUUGUGAGAACACGGUGAACUUUAUCGAUGAUAUUAUUGUCACAGGUAGGUCUGAAGCAGAACAUGACGCGGCUCUUCAGAAAGUUCUCAAGAAACUCGGAGAAUACGGGAUUCUUCUGAAUCAAGCGAAGUGUGCUUUCAAGCUCGACGAAAUUGAAUUUAUUGGCCAGCGGUUUAACCAAAGUGGGAUGAUACCUUCUAAAACGAAAAUUGAAGCCAUUCAAACGUUUCGUCCACCCAGAAGCUGUGAAGAAGUUCGUAGUUUCCUAGGACUCGUAAACUACGUGGGAUCCUUUAUUCCGAACUUAGCGACGAUUUCCUUUCCGCUCCGUGAACUAAUCAAGAGUAACUCGACCUUCAUCUGGGAACGGGAUCAGGAACUUGCAUUCAACGAACUCAUUCGGCUGGUUGGCAAUAUUGAGACACUGGCUCACUUCGAUCCCCGACUUAAAACUAGGGUAGUGGCGGAUGCGUCACCAGUGGGAUUAGGGGCGGUGCUGCUUCAAUUUCAUGAAGGACAUCCCAAAGUCGUCGCUUAUGCUAGCAAAAGCCUAACUAGUACGGAAUGUAGAUACGCGCAAACGGAAAAGGAAUCCUUGGCCUUAGUUUGGGCUGUGGAGCGAUUCCAGAUUUAUCUUUUCGGGAUACGGUUUGAGCUUGAAACCGAUCACAAACCCCUCGAAUCGAUCUUCACUCCGACUUCGUCUCCUUGUUUGCGUAUUGAGCGCUGGGUCCUGCGGCUUCAAGCAUUCAGCUAUGACAUCGUCUAUCGUAAGGGAAAGUCUAAUAUUGCAGACCCUCUAUCGCGUCUGUCUCGUCCUGCAGAGAUCGAAGAGUUCGAUCCGGAUUCCGAUGUGUACAUAAGAAAUGUCGUGGAACAUACAGCCGUCGACGUUCAUGAAGUUGAGGUUGCUUCUUCGCACGAUCCUGAAAUACAAGCAUUGAGGGAAUGUUUAGAAAAGGGAAUUUGGAACUACGCUAAUGACCUGUUGAAACCUUAUCAGGCGUUUCGAUUGGAAUUCGGCACAGUUGGAGAUAUGGUUGUUCGGGGAAGUAAGCUCGUUAUACCUCGAAGCCUUAGGCAGAGACUGCUUGAACUGGGUCAUGAAGGGCAUCCCGGGCGAACAAAAAUGCAACAACGUCUAAGAAGUACAUGCUGGUGGCCAGGAAUGGAUGAUUCAAUUGUCCGGAUGAUCGAUAAGUGCUCGGGAUGUAGGUUGGUUAGCCAGCCGGACCGACCAGAACCCAUGAUGAGAAGAGCUCUUCCGGAGAAGCCGUGGGUGGACGUUGCGAUCGACUUCCUUGGGCCACUUCCGUCGGGAGAAUACUUGUUGGUGAUUAUCGACUAUUUUAGUCGAUAUAAGGAGGUUGAGAUCCUUCGAAAAAUCACAGCAAGUGAGACAGCUGAGCGACUGGAAAAAAUAUUUGUGAGGCUUGGAUAUCCGAGAACCAUUACUCUCGACAACGGUAGACAGUUUGUGAGUACAUAUUUCGACCAGUACUGCAAGCAACGUGGAAUAAUACUGAAUAAGACGACCCCAUACUGGCCACAAGAAAACGGCCUCGUGGAGCGCCAAAACCGGUCACUAGUAAAAAGGCUCAAAAUUAGCCAAGCUUUAAAUAGUGAUUGGAAGGCCGAUUUGAACACGUAUCUUUCUAUGUACUACGCUACGCCUCACAGCACAACGGGCAAAACCCCAAGCGAGCUGAUGUUCGGCCGGACUAUCCGGACUAAAAUACCAUCGCUUCAAGACGUCAGCACCGAUGCUACACAGUGUUCUACGGACUACAGGGAUAGAGACAUACAGAUGAAGGAGAAGGGAAGGAUAACUGAGGACCAACAGCGGAAAGCAAAGCCUUCGGACAUUGUUACGGGAGACAAGGUUCUGAUGAAAAAUGUCAUUCCCGGUAACAAGCUUACCCCUACAUUCAACCCCACUGUUAUGACAGUUGUUGAUAAACAUGGGCCACGUGUAACGGUCCUGGAUCAGGAAUCCGGAAGGUCCUUUGACAGGAAUUCAAGCCACUUGAAAAAGAUAAAUGAUAACAGAAACGGAACAUCAUCCAACGAGGCUCCAUCGGAUAUGCUGCAGCAGGAAGACACGGGGCUUCAGGAUCCGAUUAAUGAGCAGGACGGGAAACGGGUUGCUAGUCCGGAGCCCAUAGUCGAGGCAGAUAUAACAGGACGCAGCCGACCACAACGUGUAAUCAAACGACCAAGCCGAUUCAUGCAGUGAUUGAUUGAUGGAAUAUUUUUAUUAACAUUAAGUACUUGAUGAAUAUAUCCUUUUGUAAUCUUUGAAUAUUAUUAUCUAAAACAAGGGGAGAUGUGGUGAUAGGUCUGUAACCAAUCUAUGGUAAAGCUCUGUAAGCAUACGAAAAAGAAUAAUAAAUGUAGCUAAUCAGUGAAGCGUCUCGUGUUUGAUCUAGCGUGCU